AUGCGAAUGCGCGAGCGGGAUGAGCUGCUGGAAUGCGCCGAAGUGUAUGGCCGUUGGUACGGUGUGCCCCGACAGCAGGUUCGGGAUCCUAUCAUAGCCGGCAAAGAUGUUAUCCUUGAGAUCGACGUACAAGGUGCGGGAACCAUUCGAGAGCUUGCGCCGCAGGCACUCACGAUUUUCGUGAUGCCCGCUACCAUGGCCUCCCUGCGAGAUCGGCUGGCCCACCGCGGCACCGAAAACCCUGACGACAUGGAACGUCGUUUGCGGGAGGCUGCCGUCGAACUCGAACGUAUGGAAGAAUUUGACUACCGUGUCGUCAAUCGCGAUGGCGAAUUGGAUGUUGCUGUCCGUGAAAUCGACGCGAUCAUUUCUGCUGAAAAGUGCCGUGUAAACCCGCGGCUGGUCCAGAUGCUGUAA